CGUCUCCGCAAGUGUAUUGAUGCUGGGGGAGCGUAUUUUGAAGAAUUUUAAGCAUUUGUACCGUGUAGAAUGAUAAAUGGUGGCCACCAGCAGCAUGGUAUAUGAGGAGAUAGUUGGUAUACGGGGCAGCUGACCCCAGCCGCCGCGCACGCUUUUCACGCGCGAGAUGCCCCACAAUCUAAACUCAGUUUCCGCCAAUUCCGCCAACACAGGACCGAAUCAUCAAGCCUAUCCUCAGCAGCCGCACCAUCGAGAGAAUACAGAUGGACUCCAACCCGAGAAAGAACCGGUGGAAUUCGACAUUUCGCACUUGCGAGGUGCUCCAGCGGAGGUCGAGACGUUGGUGCACAACAUCAAGGAGGUGGCCCAACAAUUUCUCUAUCACUGGCGAACCUUCCCCAUCGUUCUGCCACCGUCAUUGUCCUCGUGCACGGAAGGCGAGGACACGUUGGCGCGAAAGAAGUACCAUCUGAGGGACCUUUUUGUGGCGCCCAGCUUCGACGAGUUGGACGCCGUAGCUGUCGACAGCAAGGGCGAGCCCAGAAGACUGACCAACAAACAGCUGGAAAGCAUCAGGGAACGAGGCUUACACAAGGAUAAAUAUGGAAAGCCGAAGAAGCUGAAUGCCACUCAAUUGGAGAGCAUUCGAAGAUGCGGGUACGUGUUUUGCACAUUAGCGACAAUAUUUAAUACAUGA